UUUUGUAUAAUUCCUGCGUUGAACUGGACCAACAGUUCCUGGAGCAGGCUGGACUUCCCGAGUUGAUGCAGGGAGAACAUCCUUUGUUGUGCUGUGUUAAUGAUGGUUCUAAUGUUAAGUAUCCAUUUCAAGUCCUGAGAGAUUAUAGAACCCAAAAACUUGAAGGAUUCAACCGCUGAUACUGUGCUGUUGAAUAUAGUAAGGAAACCUGCCUUUUUUUGUCCCCUCUGAAGCAGCCUUCCCCUAGAAAUGGAUACGGCCUAGGCCCUGCAGGAGUCUUGCAGAGGUCCAGGGAGAAGGAUGCUCGCAAGCAAAGCUCCCCGUGUCUGUCUUGUCUUUUGUUCUGCUUUGUUCUUUUCCCCACUCUGGCUUUGCAUAUCACAGGGGUGGGGGUGUUUGUUUUUCCUCAUCUAGUUUUAAUCCUUAUAUGUGAGCCAGCUGGAGGAACCAUGUUUCUAUCCCAGCCCCUGCCCUCUUCAGCUCUUGCCUCCUUCCUUUGGGGCAGGAAAGAUGCUGUGGAGGCCGAGGAACCUUGGCGCCUGCAGCUGAAGACGGGGACCUUUGCUUGCGAGCAUCCUUCUGCUGAAGCUGCACCCAGGGCGAGGCUGUCUGGUUGUUCUGCCAGCUGGGAUUUCUGAACAUAGAAGCUGCCAAUUAGGAACAAGAUCAUGCAAAACCCGGACCAGCCUCUGCUGACUCUGUCUGCUGGCAUUCAGCACCAGAUCCCAGAUUUGAACUGGAGAUAAGAAGGUGGUGAUGAUGGAGAAUUACUUUGCAUAUUCGAAGAUAUAUCAGGGCCUGGACAUCAUCACCAACAAAGUGUCUGCCCAGGAGCAGAAGCUGUGCAAGCACCACAUGAUCAGCUUUGUGGAUCCCUUGGUCACCAAUUACACAGUGCUGGACUUCCAGAAGAAGGCCACUGCCAUCAUUGAUGAGAUUCUUGCCUCCCAGAAGGUCCCAAUUGUGGUUGGUGGAACAAAUUAUUACAUUGAAUCUUUGCUCUGGAAUAUUUUGUUUGACACAAAGGGGGAGUCCAGGGGUCCAGCAGUGGUGACAGAAGAGUGGAAAGCUGGGCUGGAGAAUCUGGAGAGUGAGGAGCUACACCAUCGGCUGAGCCUGGUGGACCCUAACAUGGCAACCAGAUUACACCCCCAUAAUAAGCGCAAAAUAAUCAGGAGCUUGCAGCUGUUUGAACAGACUGGCCUCCCCCACAGUGAGCUGCUGCGGCGGCAGCAUGAGGAAAAAGGGGGGGGACCCCUGGGGGGACCCCUGAAGUACCCCAAUGCUUGCAUCUUCUGGCUCCAUGCGGAACAGGCAGUUCUGGAGGUGCGACUGGACCAGCGGGUGGAUGAGAUGAUGGAGGCCGGGCUGCUGGAGGAGCUGCAGAACUUUCACCGGCGAUACAACCAGGAGAGAGUGGCCGAGAACAGCCAGGAUUACCAGCAGGGCGUUUUCCAGUCCAUCGGCUUCAAGGAAUUCCACCAGUUCCUGGUUUCUGAGGCCCAGAGUCCAGAGGAGGUCAGGCACCAGUUGCUGGACCAAGCCCUCCAGGCCUUCCGGACGGUGACCAAGAGGUAUGCCCGGAAGCAGAACAAGUGGGUCCGGAACCGGUUUCUGAGGCGUCCUGGAACAAACGUGCCCCCCGUCUUCGGCCUGGACGUCUCCGAUCUCUCUCGGUGGGAGGAAAGUGUGUGGGAACCAGCCGCUCAGGUGGUGGAGAGCUUCCUGAAGGGCCAGAAGCCUCCGAUGGAGCCCCUCAGGCUGGAGCCGGUGCCAGCAAAGGAGAAGCAGAGUUGCCAGUUGUGUGAGCUGUGCAGCCGAGUCAUCAUUGGGGACAGAGAAUGGAGAGCUCCCCUGAAGCCCCGGUCCCACCUCUCCCUCCUCAAGAAGUCCCAGCGCUCAGCCCCCCUGCCCCCUCCCCCGGCUGGAAAGGGCUGCAGCAGCAACUCAGAGGCUCCUGCAGAGAAGACAGGCGGAGGGAGGAGGCCAGUGACCCCCCAGGCCCAGCCCUGCGCCUGAGGCUCCCUAGUGCCGCCCCCCCCCCCAGAAGGAACGGCUUCUGUGCCAUCUCCCACGAACUCCCCCUUGC